ACCGAGGGGUCCUCUCCUGCCUCCUUGGACUUCAAUCACGCAAACAGAAAGCACGCGGACAGACGGCUGGCUGAGGCUGCCAACAGAGUGUCGGCUCACUUCCAUCACGCCGCGUCUCCCUAUCGAAAGAUGACAUACUUAGUGGAGGCUCAUCCUUUUCCAGACUCUGGAGCAGUGGAGUCAGAUGAUCCUAACACGCUGGAUCACUUCAACCGCCCAGGCAAGACAAUCCCCUAUAAGCAUCCUGAUCCCUUGAAAAAGAUCACCAAACCCUCCUGGGUCACCAACCGCCAGUCAACCAGCUUGCCAUACGACUUCGGCGGGCUGAAGAAAGAUGGCGAUAAGGAGAAGGCGUGUCUGACCGAGUGCAGGAAAGAGAGGGACGAAGUGGAGGCCUACUGCGCGAGCGAAUUCGCAGUGAACGGAAUUGUGUAUAACAUGGAAAGGCUGGGGAAUGGAGUCCACUUGAUUACGCUUUUGGUAAACAGCGAUGGAUUAUACAAGAUGAGUCGCCUGUAUAUUACUCCUGAUGGCUUCUUCUUCCGAGUUCAUAUUCUAGUUGUGGAUACUUUAAACUGCAGUAAACCGUGUCCAGACUUUAAACUUGGCAGCAGAUACAUUGUGAUGGGUCGGAUCUACCACAAGAGACGACAGAUCCCUGCAGACCUGCUGCAGUUCCUGCGAGGGCGCCUGAGGCCGGGGGAUGGCUUGCUUCGAAGCAGCAGCAGCUACGUGAAGAGAUUCAACAGGAAGAGGAAUCGCAAAGUGCAAGCGGCUCACACCAAGUGUAGAUAAGGCUCCGGUAACCUCUGUGUAGGACACGGGCAGCAGCAGAAUUCG